AUGGCGUCUCCGCAAAUCCCGUCAAGCAUGCGUGCGUGGCAAUACAGCCAGACGCACGGCGGGCUGGAGAAGAACUUGACAUUGAACAACGCUGCGCCGCUACCGCCUCACGAUGCCAAAGCGCUGGGCGGCGAUAAAGUGCUGGUCCAGGUUCUAGCGAUGUCGCUCAACCCGAUCGACUACAAGUUCCCCGAGCUGCCCGUGGUAGGACGGUUGGCGAUCAAGAAGCCUGCGUCGCCGGGGCUGGAUUUUUCAGGGAAAAUAGUCGCCCCUCCUGCUACUGGACAUGGUGAAGGGGGAGACCCGGCAUCAGCAUUGGAACCAUCCACUAUGGUCUUUGGCCGGCUCGAUACACCCACGCAGUUUGGGACACUGGCCGAAUUUACGGUGGCACGGAGGCAGGUGUUGGCGGUGGUGCCCGAGGGCGUCAGCGCUCAGGAUGUUGCGUGCGUGGGCACUGCCGGACUCACGGCGUAUCAGUGCAUCGCGCCCUACGUGAAGAGAGGAGAAGGUAGCAGAGUGUUCAUCAAUGGAGGCAGCGGCGGCACGGGGUCCUGGGGCAUUCAGAUCGCAAAGGCGCUGGGAUGUUAUGUGGUCACGAGCUGUUCCGGACCCAAUGCGGAGCUGUGCAAGUCGCUGGGUGCGGAUGAGGUGGUUGAUUACACAAACGAGGAUGUCGUCGAGGCUUUGAGGAAGAGGGCUGGGUCUACCUCGGCUUCCACUUCUGGGAAUGCAUCACACCAGCCGGGACCAGGCAAGUUUGACCUGAUUGUGGACAACGUUGGCUCACAUGCUGCGUUGUACUGGCACUGCCAUGAAUAUACGACGCCCGAGGCGACAUAUGUUCAAGUCGGUGCAGAAAUGUCAUGGCGCACCGGGCUGGAUAUGGCGAGCAAGUCCUUGUGGCCAGGCUUCUUGGGCGGCGGCAAGCGCAAAUUUCACUUCCUAGGUUGCUACGGAGAUGCUACACAACUGGCAGAGAUGGGGCAGUGGAUGCGUGAAGGGAAAAUCAGGGCGGUCAAGGACGAGGUCUUUCGCAUGGAGGACGCUCCGAAGGCAAUUGAACGGCUGAAAACCAAACAUGCAAGGGGAAAGGUUGUGGUUGUCGUGGGUGAAUAA